AUGGCGGCGGCAGCGGGCGGAGCUCGGAGCGGCCCCGGCGGUGCCUCCCUCCUGGGCAGUGCCACAACGUGGCCCCUGAAGCGUUAUGGUCGCUUCCUACCUCCGAGGGAGAGCGAGGAGGAAGGGCAAAACACCUCCUCCUGGAAGGUUUUUGAAUCAAAUGAGGAAUCGGGCCAUCUGACCCUCACUAUUGUGGUAUCUGGCCAUUUCUUUAUUUCCCAAGGACGAACAGUACUGGAAGGCUUUUCAUUAAUUGAUUCCCACAAGUGGUUAAAGAUAGUAAGAAGAUCAGAGAGCCUGCUGCUUUGUGCACAGUCAAAGAACGAAUGCCGCAUGUUCCGUGUUCAGUUUGGUGGAGACUCAGAAGAGCAGAUGCAGCAGCACUGCUGCAGCUGUGUGCAGAAACUUGCAGAGUAUGCACCUAUCCAGAUGCCUGAUGACCAAAGCCAGCAGCUCUGUCACAGCCUCAGCCAGGUGGCUAACAGUGACAAUCAGCCAGAUGAGACUCUACUGGAUUCCUGCAGAAGCCUUGGAGAAAGAAGAUCUGUAACACAGCUAGCACAGAGUGUCCUGAGCAGGAAGUUUGAGCCCCACCUCAUGUAUCAGCAGUCGGUGUGGAGGGCACAGGAACUGGGGCCCUUCAUCCACUUGUGCCUUAUGGAUCAGAAUUUCCCAGCUUUUGUGGAAGAGGUGGAGAAGGAACUGAAAAAACUCACAGAAGGCUGA